AUGUCGGAGGGCUAUUUCCACUCGAAUGACAUGUCGCAGCAUGGCCGCGUGGGCGGCAUGCCGCCCGGCGCGCGCCACCCCCACCACCACCACCACAUGUCUGGCGUGCCGGCCUACCACCAGCCUGGGCAGUAUCACCACCACCCGCAGCGGCCGAUGGACAACCAGCUGGGCGGCCCGCCGCGUAUGGGCGGGGCCCCGGGCGGUGGCCGCCAUGACCCGCGCGGGGCCGGCCCCUAUGCCGGGCCUCCCGGGUCGGGGGCCUCCGGUGGCGUGGUCGGGCCGUACAUGAUGUCGCAAAUGGGCGGCGGUGCCGGCGGCUCGGGUGGCAGUGGCGGGGUGGGGCCCGCUGCAUCGGGCGACGGGCGCUCCUUCCACCGGGCCCGGUCGAUGCGGUGCUUCGUGUGCGGCAACUUUGGCCACAUCGCGCGGCAGUGCAGCAGCGAGUUGAUUUGCUUCAACUGCGGAGCCACGGGCCACAUCGGGUCCAAGUGCCCGGAGCCGCCUGCCCCCCGGGAUCUGGUGUGCUUCCGGUGCAACUCCAUAGGCCAUGUGGCGCGGGACUGUGUGACCAAUCCCCCGCCGCGGACUGCGGUUGACGCCACGCCGGGCGUCACGCCGACCGCCUCGGACGAGGCGAUGACGGCGGCCGGCCGCGAUGCGAGCAACUCGUCGGCGGCGCCGGCCGAUGGCACCCCCGCUACCACCACCACCGCCACCACCACCGCCACCACCACCACCACUCCUGGCCAGCAGUGUGAUGGCGACCUGAUGCCCACCGACAUGACUGCUCCCGAUUCUGCCCCCAUGCCGGUAGAUGUGACCCAGCAGUGA